AUGGAUGUCGAAGCACAGCGGCUAUCCAACCUCGAGUACAAGCAGAAACUCCUAGAUGAGUUACAACUCCAACGCGAGCCUUUGCCCAGUAAAGCCGCAAAGAAAGACACUAGGACCUCGUAUGUAUCGAAGAAGCGGAAGCUAGCCGUCGACUCGAAAGCAACGCGAUCCUCCGCACGCCUCUCGUCCAAUCCUCGACCCUCAUACAAGGAAGAUGAUGUUCCAAGAUACAUUGUCGGACAGUCUACCAGCGAACCCAUAUCUCGAUCUCAGCUGCACCGUUCUCCGUCUCCACCGGCUGCCCUUGUGCCUGUUAAGGACGUUGACACUAUCCGCGCAGGUUGGGUCGCGUGGACUCCAACUGCUCCUCUCCCAACUCGCUCGGACUCCACCAAUGCCUUCCAUUUCGAAGAUCAUCCCACCUUCACGCCGAACAAAUCUCCUGCCGAAGUCCUUCGUGAGGGCUGUUUCGGUGGAUCUUACUGGCGACCCUUACGUUCACGUAAACUCGGGAUUGUGAUUGAAGACGAUUGGCGGGAGCUGCCUACGGAAUGGAUUAGUGGCUUGGAUCCUGCACUGUACCUCACGAGCCCCUCAUACAAUGCGGAUGUCAACAAAUUCGGCGUUGCGUGCGGACAAUCAAUCGAAGAGUGGGAAGCCGCCGGAUGGAUAGCCCACAAUUUCGAUGUGAGAGGCUGGUUUCAAUGGUACUGUCGCUUUUUCCAAGGGCGGCGAUGUGACGAUGACGAGAGACAAAUCAGCCGGUGGCGUAAGUGUGUUGGCGAAACCGGACGAUGGCGCCGAAUGCUGCUCAAGAAGUACAUCGCCAUGGGUGUCCGUGAAGUUUUCGAUGAUGGUGAGGAAGUGGACGAUCGUGAGGUGAGUCCAGUCAUGCAUCAGACUUGCCAUCAUUGGGCGUACGAGGUCAGGCAAGAGGAUCUGGACCGGGCAUGGGCUGUUUGA